AUGUCCUACCCAACAACUCUAGAGCAAAUUGGUGGACAUGGAGGUGGUCCAUUUUCAUUAACUGGUGAGAACAACGGUGCCAGUUUAGAGAAGAUCUGGGUUUGGGUUGGAGGAUGGCAGGUGAAGGCUGUCAGGGUUUGGCUUUCAGAUGGGAGAGAUCAGACUUUUGGAGAACCAGCUGGAGAUCCUCAAGAGUUCAAGUUCCAGCCUGGUGAGUGUUUCACCUCACUGUCCUUGUGGGGGAACAGAGCAGGAUCACGUCUUGGAGCUAUCAAAUUCACAACCAGUCUUGGGAAAGAAUUCUUUGCAAAGAUGAAAAAACAGGGUUUGAAAACAGAAUAUCCCAUGGAUGUCGGCUCUGGAUAUUGUUUGGGAGUUGUAGGAAGAGCUGGUGCUGACAUCGACUGCAUGGGAUUUAUGUUUCUCAAUGAAGUUCAAUCAGCAGUUCUCACUGAUGUCAAAUAUCCCACUAUCAGCCAACAGAUACCAGAGGUAGCAAUAAAAUCAAUCGAUUCCCUCUCUUACAGUAACGACUCUUCCAUCACUCAAAAACAAAAAGUUGAAAUCUCAGAGACAAUAACCAACAAAUCUUCAUGGUCUGUGAGUUCAAGUUUAGAAGCAACAUUUAGUAUGGAAGUGAAGGCUGGGAUUCCAGGGAUUGCAGAAGUUAAAGGAGGAUACAGUGUUAGUGUUGGACUUGAAAGCACUUACAGUCACGAGUAUUCAGAUGAGAAAGCUGAAACUCUGUCUACUGAUGUUGAUGUGCCACCAGGGAAGAAGGUGGAUGUUGACAUCACCAUUGGCAGAGCCACUUUUGACAUACCUUACACUGGCACAGUGCAGAUCACCUGCAAGAAUGGCAGUGUGUUACAGUACGAAACCAAGGGCACAUACAAAGGCGUCACUUACACUGAAAUCAAAGUGGAGACUAAGGAAUCUCCUCUGCAAUGUUGAGACAGAUUGCACAUGUAACACAAGUUCUUUACUUCUAAUUUUGUCAAUCAUGUAUCAGUUGGG